GGUGGUUCCUCUGCCUCUACUCUUUUCUGUUGGAAUAUUUUCUCUCUGAAUGGACGGUUACAAGAAGAAUUUGCUGCAGUUUUCUUGAUGUUUUGAGGGAGUUUCUCAAAGGAACAUUUGUUGAACCUGCUGCAGCUGUGAAUGAAAAUGCUCUUGUGUGGAAGCUCGACGGAUCAUGAGACCCCCAGGAGGAUUACCUCAGACCAGAGUCAUGAGACCGAGUCCAACAAAGAGGCCUCACAUGCUUAUCACAUGAACCCGGCUCCUUAAUGAUCUGCUGAGGAGCAGCACCUCAAAGAGACGUCUGCUCCUUCUAUGAUCGGGUUCAGUUCAGACCGAGACGUUUGGACGUCCAGAGACGAAGCUCUGCUGCUGCUGGUGUCCACACACAUUUCUGAUUCUUCUUCAUGUGACUGCGUCUGUGUCGAAGCGUCUGAGAGGUGCAGCUGUGGCCAGCUGGUGACCCAACACUCUCCCAUCCCUCCCGGGGCCAAAGAAGAAGGACCCCCCCUGGUUCAGCUGGAGGUCCAGACCUCAGAGAGAUGGAGCCCCCUCAAACACACCCAGACCUCCCCCACCGAUGCUUACGGGGUCCUGGAGUUCCAGGGCGGAGGACACAUCAACAAGGCCAUGUACAUCCGGGUCUCCUACGACUCUAAACCAGACUCCCUGCUCCACCUUAUGGUGAAGGACUGGCAGCUGGAGCUCCCCACGCUGCUCAUCUCCGUCCACGGGGGCCUUCAGAACUUCGACCUGCCCCCCAAACUGAAGCAGGUCUUCGGUAAAGGACUGAUCAAAGCCGCCGUCACCACUGGAGCCUGGAUCUUCACGGGGGGGGUCAGCACAGGAGUGAUCCGUCACGUUGGAGACGCUCUGAAAGACCAUUCGUCCAAGUCCAGAGGGAAAGUCUGCGCCAUAGGCAUCGCACCAUGGGGGAUCGUAGAGAACAAGGAAGACCUGAUCGGAAAAGACGUGACCCGGCCCUACCAGACCAUGUCCAACCCCCUCAGCAAGAACUCGGUCCUGAACAGCAGCCACUCCCACUUCAUCCUGGCCGAUAACGGGACGAGCGGGAAGUACGGCGCCGAGGUCCGCCUCCGCCGGCAGCUGGAGAAACACAUCGCUCUGCAGAAGAUCAACACCCGUCUGGGUCAGGGGGUCCCGGUGGUGUGUCUGAUCCUGGAGGGGGGACCAAACGUCAUCUCCAUCGUUCUGGAGAGUCUGAGGGAGGAGCCUCCGGUCCCGGUCGUGGUCUGUGACGGCAGCGGUCGAGCUUCCGACAUCAUUUCCUUUGCUCACAAAUACUGUGAGGAGGACGGGCUGGUGAGUGAUAGCGUCAAGGACCAACUUCUGGUCACCAUCCAGAAAACCUUCAACUACAGCCGCAGCCAGGCGCAGCAGAUCUUCCUCAUGGUGAUGGAGUGCAUGAAGAAGAGAGCUCUGAUCACGGUGUUCAGGAUGGGCUCAGAGGGACAGCAGGACAUCGAGAUGUCCAUCCUCACGGCUCUGCUCAAAGGAACCAACGCGUCGGCCUCCGAUCAGCUGAGUUUGGCUCUGGCCUGGAACAGAGUUGACAUCGCUCGCAGUCAGAUCUUUGUGUAUGGACACCACUGGCCUCCUGUUACCUCCUUAUCCACCGAUCGUCCUAAAAGCCCAACCACCCAGAAAUCAGGAGGAGGUGGAGGAGGAGGAGGAGGAGGAGGAGGAGGAGGAGGAGGUGGUAAAGGCAAAGCCCGGGGGAAAAAGGGAAAAGGAGGAAAAACUAAACCUGAACCUCCAGAAGAGACUGACCCCCGAAAACUGGAGCUGCUGAGCUGGGUCAACUCUCUGGAACAGGCCAUGAUGGACGCUCUGGUGUUGGACAGGGUCGACUUUGUGAAGCUGCUGAUUGAGAACGGCGUCAACAUCCAUCACUUCCUUACCAUCCCACGUCUGGAGGAGCUCUACAACACGAAGCUGGGACCGCCCAACACGCUGCACUUUGUCGUCCGAGAUGUGAAGAAGGGGAACCUUCCUCCAGAUUACCAGAUCACUCUGAUCGAUAUCGGGCUGGUGCUGGAGCUCUUGAUGGGUGGAGCAUAUCGCUGCAACUACACCAGGAAGAGCUUCAGGACGCUGUACAACAACCUGUACGGCCUCAAAAGACCUAAAGCUCUGAAGCUUCUGGGCAUGGAGGACGACGAGCCUCGGCCGAAGGGGAAAGGAAAGAAGAACAAGAAGAAAGAGGAGGAGGUGGACAUCGACGUGGAUGACCCGGAGGUCUGCAGGUUCCAGUACCCCUUCCAUGAGCUGAUGGUGUGGGCUGUGCUGAUGAAGCGCCAGAAGAUGGCGCUGUUCCUGUGGCAGCGGGGGGAGGAGGCCAUGGCCAAGGCGCUAGUGGCCUGCAAACUUUACAAGGCCAUGGCCCACGAGUCGUCCCAGAGUGAGCUGGUGGACGACAUCUACCAGGACCUGGAGAACAACUCCAAGGAGUUUGGUCAGCUGGCCUACGAGCUGCUGGAUCAGUCGUACAAACACGACGAGCAAGUGGCCAUGAAGCUCCUGACCUACGAGCUGAAGAACUGGAGUAACUCCACCUGCCUGAAGCUGGCUGUAGCCGCCAAGCACAGAGACUUCAUCGCCCACACCUGCAGCCAGAUGCUGCUCACCGACAUGUGGAUGGGAUGUUUGAGGAUGGGAAAGAGCAACAGCCUCAAGGUGAUCCUAGGGAUCGUUUUCCCUCCUGCCAUCCUGCUGUUGGACUUUCGUCUUGGAGACGAAGCUUCACAUCAUUCGUUCAAAGACAGCGACAACGGAAAAACUAAAGACGACGACAAAUCGAACAAAGACGCCGUGUCUAACGUUGAUGCUACGUCAAAGAAAGAGGAUGAAGAAGAAAACCCGAAGCGCCACAGGAGAGUUCCCAUCGGGAGGAAGAUCUACGAGUUCUACAACACACCCUUCACCAAAUUCUGGUUCAACACGAUCUCAUACCUGGUCUACCUGAUGCUGUACAACUACAUCAUCCUGGUGAAGAUGGAGAGGUGGCCGUCUCUGCAGGAGUGGAUCGUCAUCUCGUACAUCAUCACGUUGGGACUGGAGAAAGUCCGACAGAUCCUGAUGUCGGAGCCGGGGAAGCUGAAGCAGAAGAUCAACGUGUGGUUGGAGGACUACUGGAACAUCACGGACCUGGCGGCCAUCUCCGUGUUCCUGCUGGGCCUCCUGCUGAGGCUGCAGAACGAGCCUUACAUGGGAUACGGCCGCGUCAUCUACUGCGUCGACAUCAUCUUCUGGUACAUCCGGGUCCUCGACAUCUUUGGAGUCAACAAAUACCUGGGCCCCUACGUCAUGAUGAUCGGGAAGAUGAUGAUUGACAUGCUGUACUUUGUGGUCAUCAUGCUGGUGGUGCUGAUGAGCUUCGGGGUGGCGCGUCAGGCCAUCCUCCACCCCGACGAGGAGCCAACAUGGCGGCUGGCUCGCAACAUCUUCUACAUGCCCUACUGGAUGAUCUACGGGGAGGUGUUCGCAGACUCCAUAGACCUUUACGCCAUGGAGAUCAACCCUCCGUGCGGAGACAACAUGUACGACGAAGACGGAAAGAAGCUUCCUCCGUGUAUCCCCGGGGCCUGGCUCACCCCGGCCAUCAUGGCCUGUUACCUCCUGGUGGCCAACAUCCUGCUGGUCAACCUGCUCAUCGCCGUCUUCAAUAACACCUUCUUUGAGGUCAAGUCCAUCUCGAACCAGGUCUGGAAGUUCCAGCGCUACCAGCUGAUCAUGACCUUCCAUGACCGGCCCAUCCUGCCGCCCCCCCUCAUCGUCCUCCCCCACGUCUUCAUCGUCCUGAGGAGGCUGUGCUGCAGCUGCAGACGGAGGGACGGCGAGAGGGACGAGCGAGAGAGACGCCUCCAACUGGUCCUGAGUCCCGAGGAGCUGAAGAGCCUCCAUGAGUUUGAGGAGCAGUGUGUGGACGAGUACUUCAGGGAGAAGAACGACGAGAAGCAGUCGUCCAACGACGAACAGAUCAGAGUCACGUCUGAGAGGGUGGAGAAUAUGUUCAUGCGUCUGGAGGAGGUGAAUGAGAGGGAGCACUCCAUGAAGGCGUCCCUGCAGACCGUGGACCUCCGCCUGGCCCAGCUGGAGGAGUUCUCGGGCCGGAUGAUGAACGCUCUGGAGAAGCUGGCCGGCGUGGACCGCUCAGACCUGGUCUGCUCCCGGUCCAGAGGCUCGUCGGUGUGUGAACCCAACGCCCUGCUGAGACACAGCAGCAUCAACAGCUCCGACGGGUUCAGCCUGUACCGGUACCAGCUGGACCACGACGACCCGGAGGGGGGCGACAGGAGGGUCCAGCCGAGUCCAGACAGACCGGGAGGAGGGGGGGCCGGGGACGGAAACACAGCAGCUGACGUGAAGGAGUUUGGUUCCACUCUGGAGGUUCAAGGCCGAAAGGACAGAACUCAGUCUCUGUCCAACGUUGACAUCCUGAUCUCCCCCUGUGACCCGGACCUCACCCACCCCCCCUCAGCUCAGGCCGACCAGACGGGAGCUGACGACCUGGCGGAGAAGAGCCGUCUGAAGGCGGCCAUGUCGUUCCCCCUGGAGAGGUCAAAGGUCACAGCUUAUUUAUCCUCUCCGACCCUGGACACGUCCCCGUCCUCCCCCAGCCUCACCCAGCAGCUCCAUGAUGGGGGCGACGCUGGACCCACGGCGAAACCGGAGAGAGGCAGCGGAGUAGAGGAGUCCAGCCGGGAAGGGGAGGGGUCUAAAUGGGAAGGGGAGGAGUCCAGUCGGGAAGGGGAGGGUGGUAACCACAGCAACCAGGAGGGGGAGGAGCUGAUGGUGGCGGAGGACCGGAUGUACCCGACCCUGCGCUCCAAGAGUCUGAACGUCAACCCGAGGAAGACGAGGACGAAGAGGAAGGAGGACGAGGAGAAGCCUCGAUCAGCCGGCAGCUUCAGGACCAGAACCCCUGACCCCUGAAGAACUGAGGCCGAUACAAAAGCUUUAAUGAUCAAUUACAAUAACCUGAAAAGACGUUUUCAUGUGAUAAACCCAUGUUUGUUUGUUUGUUUUAUUGGGAUCUCAGCUGCAGCCAGGAUGACACUAGUCCUCCUGGACACAAUAAUAAAGACACAAUUAUAAAGUAAUAGAAAUAAAAAACAACAGAUAACAGAAAGAAAAGGUUUAUGUACAUACACACACACACACUUAUGACCACGCAGGAAAAAUAAAUUAGAGUAAAAAGAAGAAAAGAAGAACAUAAAGUAAAAUAAAUUACUGUAGUAGAUCAGUUUUCCAUCUCUCAUAACAUGAUACACAAUAUAAAUAAUACAACAUUAUUACUACACCUUUUUAUUUAUCAGUGAAACACUAUUUAUUCACUUAUAUAUUCAUUUAUUCAUUAUUAUUGAUUUUAUUGGCCGCACAUUUCUCACACAGAAUAAUUAAAUGGAUAAAUAUUAAUAUUAAUAUGUACGGUGGCUCAGAGGGCUCAGUGCACAGUAAAAAUGGUUUAAUGGUUAAUUACAGUAAAUGAAUGUGUUCUAGGUUGUAGACAUGGUUCAGUGUUUUUAAAGAUGAAUGUUUUCAGGAGAUAAACCACCAGCCAACCAGGUCUGGUUCAAUAAAGGGAAGAAACUCUACCUCUGUGAAAGAAUAAAAACCUCAGUCUGUUCUUCUCUCUGCUUCCACCUUUAUUGUGCUCGAAUAUAUUAAACUAUUUAACUUUAAAAAAUAAAAUAAAAUACACGUCAAAUAAUUUUUUUUUCAAUGUUUCAUUUUAUGACUAAGUCUAUGGAGGAG